AUGACGACGACGAUGAAGUUGUUUCAGGCGGGUGUGGUGUUGCUGGCCGUCGCUGUCACAGUUGGUGGUGGCUGGUGGGACUCUGGCGUUGCUGCCGCUGCGGAUGAGUAUUGCGAAGCAGAUUCAAACCAUGGUACUGCAGGAACGUGCCACACCGCGAGGACAAGCGACAGCGAAGACCCAGGCGCAGUGCACGAGGAGCAGCCGCCUGAGUCGCACUGGACAGAUGCCUUUGCAUCGUACCCGCACACUGACAUUUACGAGGACUGGAACAAAAAAGGCAUUCGCGAGGCUCAAGCUGGAAACUUUGACCUCGCCCUUGAGUACUUCAGGGCCGCGAGCCACCACUCGCCAUUCCGUGGCGACAUUUGGAGCAACAUUGGGCAUGCCAUCUUGGAUGCCACAAAGGCAUCCGCCACGCCCAUCCACCACGACGUGCAUUUGCCCAUCAUGCGAGAAGCCAGGGCGGCAUUUGAGCUGGCAACGCUACUCGGCAAUGAGCCAGCAAAGCGCUUUCUUGGUUCGAUCAAAGAAGACCUGCAGUCGUGGCAUCCCACUCGCCAUCUGGGGGAUAACGCCAAGGUGAAGCGGCGAGCAUCGGCCGAGAUGAGCGCCAUCGAGCACAUGCAGAAUGGGGAGCACGUGGACGCUGCAAACGCACUGUGCAAGAACAAGGAUGACAUCUACGUGUCCCUGCACCACGACGACAUGGCUGGUCCCCUGACGGCGGCGACGGCGCGACGCAUCUUCCUUCUCCUGCGCAUCUGCGGUGUUGUCGCCCUACGCGAGGUGAUGCAACCAGCAGUCCUCGAUCGCAUUUACAACGCAUACAAGGAUGACUUUGCUCGCUUCCAGUCUGAUCUUCAACGUCGCAGCGAUUCCACAAAUGGCGAAUGGACAGAUGCCGCCGAGCGGUCGACUGAUCGAUAUGAAGUGAAGUUUCCGCUCCGAUACCCGUACACGGACGACGCAUUCACCGCCAAUCGUGUCAUCAUCGCAGCAGCGAAGCUCGUCAUGAACAACAAGAUUGAGAUUGACACCUUUUCCACAGUGACGUCGCUCCCGAACGCACCAGUGCAGCCAUGGCACGGAGACGUUGGCCCGCUGUUCCACUGGCAGGCAGCGCAAUACCCGCUGCCGCCGCAGGGCGUCGUCGUCGUCCUCCCGCUUGGUAUUCCUGUCAACGCCACCAAUGGGCCCACCGAGUUCAUGACGGGCAGCCACAUUCCCAUGGGCCCUGACUUCUGGCGGAAGCGCCUUCACGAUCCAAUCACACCCGUCCACCGCCUCGACACCGAUGUUGGCAGUGCGGUGCUGUUUGACAUUCGCGUGUUCCAUCGCGGAACGGGCAACCCCUCUCCCCAUCCGCGUCCAAUCGUUUACAUGAGUCUUGUGUACGACUGGUACUCAGACACGGUGAACUUCAAGGUGCGCCAGACGCGCGCAUUUGACGAAUACACCGGAUCGAAGCAGAAGCUGAUGGCCCGCCUCGAUACACACGAUUACAUUCGCCAGCUUGAAGAGCUGUUGGCGGAAAAGGGCGUGGACAUAUCGUCACUCACAUCGCGUGGCGGAUACAAGCAGGUCGAGCUCAAGGCAUGA